AUGGGUCAAACGAAGCGCCGCGAGGGCAAGUCCCGCGUACCAAAGUCCUCCCUUUUCGGCGGGGGCAAAUCCAACGAUGCCGGUGGAAGCGGCCAACCCCAGAUCAAAAAGGCCGCUUUUGAGAUCACCAAGAAGAAGGAAGUGGGCGUUUCAGAUCUCACACUUCUCAGUAAGGUCUCCAACGAAGCGAUCAACGACAACCUGAAAAAGCGAUUUGAACAUGGCGAAAUCUACACUUAUAUUGGCCACGUGUUGGUCUCGGUCAACCCGUUCCGGGACUUGGGUAUCUACACAGAUGAGGUACUCGACUCAUACAGAGGGCGCAACAGACUAGAAGUCCCGCCACACGUCUUCGCGGUGGCUGAGUCGUCAUAUUACAACAUGAAAGCGUACAAAGACAACCAGUGUGUCAUCAUCUCUGGAGAGUCAGGAGCAGGAAAGACAGAGGCGGCAAAGCGGCUCAUGCAGUACAUUGCCAGCGUAUCAGGAGGCACCGAUUCAAGGAUCCAACGGACGAAAGACAUGGUUCUGGCCACGAACCCUCUCCUCGAAUCCUUCGGUAACGCGAAGACUCUCCGAAACAACAACUCGUCACGAUUUGGCAAGUAUCUCGAGCUAGAGUUUAACGAACAGGGUGAGCCAGUCGGUGCGAAGAUCACGAACUACCUACUAGAAAAGACGAGAGUGGUUGGCCAGACACAAAAUGAGCGGAACUUUCACAUCUUCUACCAGUUCACGAAAGCUGCGUCGAAAGAAUACCGCGAUACCUUUGGUGUUCAAACUCCGCAAUCCUACCUCUACACAAGCCGAUCGAAAUGUUACGAUGUUGACGGGAUCGACGACACUUCCGAUUUCGCGGAGACUUUACAGGCGAUGAAAAUUAUUGGACUGUCGAAGGCGGAAACGGACAACAUCUUUCGUGUAUUGGCCGCUAUUCUUUGGCUUGGAAAUGUCACCUUUCGCGAAAACGAUCAAGGUGGCGUCGAUAUCGCCGACCAGUCAGUGGUAGACUUUGUCGCCUACCUGAUGGAGGUAGAUUCAGCACAUGUCAACAAGGCGCUGACCAUCAGGAUUGUCGAGACUGCUCGUGGAGGUGGCAGACGUGGUUCGAUAUACGAAUCUCCCCUGAACCCGGUUCAAGCUGCGGCAGUAAGGGAUGCUCUAUCUAUGGCACUCUACUUUCACCUGUUCGACUGGAUCGUCGCGCGCACGAACAAGUCGCUACAAGCACAGGGUGCCGUGAAGAACACGAUCGGUAUUCUUGAUAUUUACGGCUUCGAGAUCUUCGAGCGAAACUCCUUCGAACAGCUUUGCAUCAAUUAUGUCAAUGAGAAACUUCAGCAAAUUUUCAUUCAACUGACGCUGAGAACGGAACAGGAGGAGUAUGCGCGCGAACAGAUCCAGUGGACGCCAAUCAAGUACUUUGACAACAAGGUUGUAUGUUCACUGAUCGAAGACAAAAAGCCACCUGGUGUCUUUGCCGCGCUUAACGAUGCUUGCGCGACUGCACACGCUGAUUCAGGAGCUGCGGACCAGACAUUUGUCGGACGACUGAACUUCCUAUCGCAAAACCAACACUUUGAAAAUCGUCAAGGUCAGUUCAUCAUCAAGCACUACGCUGGUGAUGUGCACUAUGCCGUGCCUGGUAUGACCGACAAGAACAAAGACCAGCUGGCGAAAGAUCUUCUGAAUCUGAUCGGAGAGAGCGGCAACCCAUUCGUCCACGAGCUCUUCCCCAAUCAAGUCAACCAGGACGACAAGAGGCGGCCUCCUACCGCAGGUGACAAGAUUAAAGUCUCUGCGAAUGAGCUGGUAGAUACUCUCAUGCAAGCACAGCCAUCCUAUAUUCGGACGAUCAAGCCGAACGAGAACAAGUCCCCGCGGGAGUACAACAACGAAAAUGUCAUGCAUCAAAUCAAAUACCUUGGUCUGCAGGAGAACGUCCGCAUUCGGAGAGCCGGAUUUGCCUACCGUCAGACUUUCGACAAGUUUGUGGAGCGGUUUGCGCUACUGUCUCCCAGAUUGUCGUAUGCUGGCGAGUACACAUACACUGGCGACGUCAAGACAGCAUCCAGGAUUGUCUUUGAGGAUACGAGCAUUCCAAAGGAGGAGUGGCAGAUGGGCGUAACCAAGGCCUUCAUCAAGACUCCCGAAACUCUCUUUGGCCUCGAGCAUAUGCGAGACCGUUACUGGCAUAAUAUGGCAGUCAGGAUCCAGCGUGCUUGGAGAAAUUAUCUCAGAUAUCGCGCCGAGGCAGCGACGCGUAUUCAGCGCUUCUGGCGCAAGUCAAAAUCCGGGGUCAAGGAAAUCGAGUUCAGAGAUCAGGGCCACCGACUACUGCAGGGCCGAAAAGAACGUCGGAGGUACAGCUUGCUUGGUUCUCGACGGUUCUUUGGUGACUAUCUGGGUCUCAACAUGCCUGGUGGUGCUGGCCAAACACUAAGGAAUGCCAUCAAUCUAGGCUCCCAGGAACGGGUCGUCUUUUCCGCACGUUGCGAAUUGCUAGUCUCUAAAUUUGGUCGAUCCUCGAAGCCGAUGCCUCGAAUCUUGGUCUUGACCCAGAAGUCUGUCUACAUUGUCAAUCAAGCCUUCGUCAACAACCAACUGCAAAUAUCCGCUGAGAGAACCAUCCCAGUUGGCGCAGUGAAAUACAUUGGAUGCUCUACACUGCGAGAUGAUUGGUUCUCUCUUGGUGUUGGAUCUCCCCAGGAAGCCGAUCCCCUGAUCAACUGUCCUUUCAAGACCGAGUUUUUCUUGCAAUUCAAGACGGUCGCUGUUGGUGGCAUGAAUCUCAAGAUUGGUGAUGGUAUUGAAUUCAACAAAAAGCCUGGCAAGCCUACCGUGGUCAAGGUUAUGAAGGAUCCGCAGGUGCCUCGGGACGACAUGUACAAGUCUGGAACAAUUCAUGUUGGUCAGGGCGAGUCUCCACAGUCUCAGUCGAAGCCAACACCUCGCGGUAAGGCAGUGGCCCGGCCCAUCACAACAGGAAAGCUGCUUCGCCCAGGUGGCCCUGGAGGUGCACCAACCAAGAAUCGACCCAAGCCAGCACCUCGCCCCACGCCAGCAGCUAGACCAGCAGCGGCGCCAGCGGCGGCGGCAGCAGCUCAACCUCGGCCCGUACCAACCCCUGCUGCGAAUGGGAUCGCAUCUCAUAUUCGCAACGAGCCUGCAAAUCGUGCGCCACCUCCUCCGCCACCUCCAGCUGCGGCUCCUGCGCCGGUUCCAUCAGGCAAGCCACAAGCCAAGGUCAAGUACGACUUCAACACGCCUAACGCAAACGAAUUGUCCAUCUCUGUGGGACAGAUCGUUGAGAUUGUGCAAAAAGAAAACAAUGGCUGGUGGCUGUGCAAGAACCUGACUACGCAAGCCCAAGGUUGGGCGCCUGCUGCGUAUGUGGAAGAAAUCCAAGAAUCGCGUGCACCUCCGCCUCCACCUCCGCCUCCUGCUGCGCCAGCGCGUCCAGUCCCCUCGGUUGCCGUGAACGGUUCUACCGCCGCCGCAGCCAAACCGACACCGCCUGCCCCGCCUGCAAAGAGGCCUGUAGCGGGUGGCAGAAAACCAAUGCCACCGCCAGCACCAGCUAGAGACAGUCAAGCCAGUUUGGGAAGCAUGGCGACAAUGAACUCCAAUAGUGGUGGAUCGGGCGCGAACUCCGGGAGGAGCACGCCAAACAGCAUUGGAGGAGGUAGUCUAGCAGGUGGUUUGGCGGAAGCUCUGAGGGCGAGACAGAGCGCGAUGAGCGGACAGCGGAAGAACGACGACGAUGACUGGUGA